CUUGAUUCUUGAGCUCACACCACCACUACACUACAUCACUGCGCUAGAAUACGAAAAUGUCCUACAAUAGCCAUCACAGCUAUAGCAGUACUUGGGGAGACUCAGACAAAAUGAGUAAUUUGGGUGCUGGUCUUCACUCUGUAGAUUGGAGUCGCACAACCUUGGAACAUUUCGAGAAAAAUUUUUACCUUGAAGACAAACGAGUUUCAGCACGUAGCGAAAGGGAAAUCGAGGAGUUUCGUCGUUCCAAGGAAAUCAAGAUACAAGGUCGCAAUGUUCCCAGGCCUGUAACCUCUUUCUCAGAAGCAGGAUUUCCUGAAUACCUCAUGGCAUCCAUCCGAGCUCAAGGCUUCAAGGAGCCAACUCCCAUUCAGUGUCAAGCUUGGCCUAUGGCCCUCAGCGGCCGUGAUGUCAUCGCCAUAGCUCAAACUGGGAGCGGAAAGACCAUUUCUUUUGCCCUUCCUGCAAUGUUACACAUCAAUGCUCAACCGCUUCUUGCGCCUGGAGACGGACCCAUCGCACUAGUUUUGGCACCGACUCGGGAAUUGGCUGUUCAAAUUCAACAAGAAUGCACCAAAUUUGGCUCCAACUCUCGGAUUCGCAAUACCGCUAUCUAUGGUGGCGCUCCCAAAGGUCCUCAAAUCAGAGAUCUUCAGAGAGGGGUUGAGAUAGUCAUUGCCACCCCCGGCCGUCUGAUAGAUAUGCUGGAAACUGGGAAAACCAAUCUUCGCCGGGUCACCUACUUGGUGAUGGAUGAAGCCGAUCGCAUGCUGGACAUGGGCUUCGAGCCUCAAAUACGGCGCAUUGUUUCGCAGAUAAGACCAGAUAGACAAACAUUGAUGUUCAGUGCAACAUGGCCAAAGGAUGUUCAAAAGCUCGCGAGCGAUUUUCUUCACGAUAUGAUUCAAUGCAAUGUUGGAUCCAUGGACCUUACCGCAAAUCACAAUAUUGAGCAAAUAAUUGAUGUUUGCAGUGAAUUCGAGAAACGCAACAAACUCAUCAGCCAUUUAGAGAAGAUCAGCGCCGAAAAUGCUAAGGUUCUCAUAUUUGUGGCCACUAAACGUGUGGCCGAUGAAAUCACCAAGUAUCUUCGUCAAGACGGAUGGCCUGCUCUCGCUAUUCAUGGCGACAAAGAACAGCGCGAGCGAGAUUGGGUUCUUGGUGAAUUCAAGGCUGGUCGGUCACCAAUUCUCAUCGCCACGGAUGUUGCAUCCCGUGGGCUCGAUGUGAAGGACGUCGGUUACGUCAUUAACUAUGACUUCCCAAACAACUGUGAAGAUUAUGUACAUCGCGUUGGUCGUACAGGACGAGCAGGGAAGAAGGGGACUUCGUUCACCUAUUUCACUACAGAAAAUGCUAGAUCCGCUCGGGAAUUAAUUUCCAUCCUCAGGGAAGCGAAGUCCGUGGUUCCGCCUGAGUUGGAAGAAAUGGCGAUGCUUGGAGGGGGUGGCGGCAAAGGUAAGUCCUCACAAAUUGGUUGCCCACUAUCAAUGGACUGGUCGUCUAGGUCGAUACAACAGUGGUAGAG